GACUGGAUGAAAAGUCUUCAGGCAUUUUGCAGUCUACGAAAAUCAACGCAAUCCUCUUCCAAUAAACGGCUUAGACAGGUCAGCAGUCUUCAUUUGCACAUAGAAGAAGCACACAAGCUGCCAGUCAAACAUUUCACUAGUCCUUAUUGUAACAUCUACCUGAACAGUGUACAGGUAGCAAAGACACAUGCCAGGGAGGGCCAGAACCCGGUUUGGUCUGAAGAGUUUUUCUUUGAUGAUUUAUCACCGGAUAUAAACCGAUUUGAAAUUAGCCUAAGUAACAAAACAAAGAAAAGCAAAGAUCCUGACAUAUUAUUUAUGCGCUGCCAGUUAAAUCGACUGCAAAAAGGACAUGCAAUAGAUGAAUGGUUUCAACUCAGUUCUCACAUACCAUUGAAAGGUAUAGAGCCAGGGUCUCUGCGUGUCCGAGCGAGGUACUCUAUGGAGAAAAUCAUGCCAGAAGAAGAGUACAGCGAGUUUAAAGAGCUUAUACUUCAGAGGGAGCUGCAUGUUGUGAAUGCAUUGUCACACGUAUGUGGACAGGAUCGAACACUACUUGCUAGCAUUUUACUGCGGAUUUUCCUACAUGAAAAAAUGGAAUAUCUACUUUUGAGAACACUAAAUGACAAAGAGAUCAGCGUGGAAGAUGAAGCUACAACUCUUUUCCGAGCAACAACCUUGGCUAGCACGCUGAUGGAGCAGUAUAUGAAAGCUACCGCCACUCCAUUUGUUCACCAUGCCCUGAAAGACACCAUUCUAAAAAUAAUGGACAGCAAACAGUCAUGUGAGCUGAAUCCCUCCAAGCUGGAGAAGAAUGAAGAUGUGAAUGCUAAUUUGGCCAACCUCUUGACUUUACUUUCAGAAUUGGUGGAGAAGAUUUUUAUGGCAGCAGAAAUACUUCCUCCAACUCUGAGAUAUAUAUAUGGGUGCUUACAGAGAUCUGUUCAACAGAAGUGGCCUUCUAAUACAACAAUGAGGACAAGAGUUGUUAGUGGCUUUGUUUUUCUGCGCCUAAUCUGCCCUGCCAUCCUUAAUCCAAGAAUGUUUAAUAUUAUCGCAGACUCUCCUUCGCCAACUGCAGCAAGAACAUUGACGCUGGUCGCCAAGUCUUUACAAAAUUUAGCGAAUUUGGUUGAAUUUGGAGCCAAAGAACCUUACAUGGAAGGAGUGAAUCCAUUCAUUAAAAGUAACAAACACCGCAUGAUCAUGUUCUUAGAUGAACUUGGGAACGUUCCUGAGCUACCGGAUACUACUGAACACUCUAGGACAGACCUGUCCCGCAAUUUGGCAGCUUUACAUGAGAUGUGUGUGGCACAUUCUGAUGAACUCCGAACCAUUAGUAAUGAACGAGGUGCCCAGCAGCAUGUCCUCAAAAAGCUUCUAGCAAUCACAGAACUACUUCAACAGAAACAAAAUCAGUAUUCGGUAACGAACAACACCAGGUAGCACACCCUCCUCCGCCUGCUCUGCAUGCAAACACCUGGAAAUUUCUUCACAAUAUCACUUCCUUUUUGCUCUUUCCAAAAAACAAGCAAAACAAAAUAGCACAUGAUAGCCACAUGUGAUGUGUGAGACUAUGCAGCAAAAAAAAAUAAAACAUUUCUGCCGACAACCCUGUGCCAGCAGCGUUAGGGGGUUCCAUCUCCGGAAACCUGGUCCACAGAAAUUGCACGUUUCACACUUUGAACUGACUUCAAGUCUGAGCCUUCCUCUACUGAACUCAGAAGACCCCAGUUCAGUGCAUAAUGCCAAAGUCUACAAUUCCAAAACCCAGUGGCUGACAGUAGACAAGUUCCGCUCCCUGACGGUCAUUUAUAACUGGAUUUCAAGCUAUUUUUAUACUGGUAUUUUUAACUGGUUUCUGUUAUCACUUGCGACUGUUAAACCAACCUGAAAAAAUAUGUAGUUUUGUCUUCAAAAACUGAUGAUGAAGCAAGUGCUACUAUUUUAUUUUUGUCCUGUCUUUCAGGGAUCAUGUUAAGUUUUGGAAAGAUGUUUUAUGCAUCACUGAUUUAUGGUAGAUGUUUUCCAUCAAAGCCAUGUAUAAUGAAAAGCUUUUUGUAAAGUGUUUACACAAGUAAAUUGAUUUCCUUAAAUUUAUUGAUCGUUGUAUUUGAUGUGCAUGCAUUAAACAGUUUUGUAAAGUA